AUGACCUCCUUCAUCAUCAAGGCUCACGCAGACAGACCUGUGCCGGAAGCCUGGCAAGCCGAUCCUGACUGUCCGUUCUGCCGUAUUAUUCGUGGCGAGGCAUCGGCUUUCCGUCUGUACGAGAACGACCACGUCGUCGCAUUCUUAGACAUCCUCCCUUUGCGCCCGGGACAUGCACUGGUAGUACCAAAGACCCACUGUCCUCGCGUCUCCGAGCUACCUCCGGAGUUUGCAGCGGCGACUGGGAUGGCGGUCUCGACAGUUGCGCGUGCUAUGACCGAAGCAUUGGAGAACACGCGUCUUAACGUUGUCUGCAAUCAAGAAUACGCACAAGCAGUCCCACAUGUACAUUACCACAUCAUACCUGCACCGAAGCUAGGGCCGUCAUUCACUACCUCUGAAACGACGAAGGUCGACCACGUCGUUGAGCCACUGACCCAGAAGGAGAUGCACAAGCUAGAGUUCGAGAAUCGGGGUCUGCUGGAUGACGAGGAGGCGAAGGCAAUGGCGGAAAGGAUUCGUGCCCGUCUGUAA